AUGGCUUCAGAAGCCCCAUCUCUCUGUCAUGCGGCGACGUAUCAGCUCCUGAUUAAGGACGUCUUUGACGGUCUUUCGCAGCGCGAGAAGCUAUACGCCCAUCAUCUCUCGCAGGCUGCUUGGCAUGGUACCAGGAUCCUCCUGCGUCAGACCUCCCCCGAAGGCAACGGUAUUUUCGACUUCAUCAUUGAGCUACACAAGGCUUGUCAAGGACAAUGGACAAUGUUUGUUGAGCGCUUUGGGAUCUCAGUUGAGGAGCUGGAAGAAUUCUUAGACUUUGCAGGCAUGUUCAUGUCCAACUUGAACAACUUCUGCGGUGGUGGUGAUCAAAAGAUCAUACCUAAUUUAUCUGCGGACUCUCUGCGUAAAAUGGCAACCAUCUCGCCGGUUGCUAGAGCCGCCUUGGAGAAGGUCAUUGAGCCUAUGUUAUCCACCUUACCCAAUACCCUUAAGCUUCGACACUCGAUGUACUACCUUGGAAAUGAUAGCUUUACAGGAAGCGAGAUUGCUGCUAUCUCUCGUGUAUUACAAAAGCAUUGUGUGGCACCGGAGAAUACCCGUAUCCGAAAGACUACGCGAGGGAAUAGCACGGUUUACGACAUCCUUCAGGCUUCAGUGCAGUCGAAUGCUGCAUUGGCAGAUCAAUUAAAGGGGUCAGCUGCUCCCAUCGAGGUUCUCCAACACGGCGGUUGGGUUCGAGGUCUCAAUAAUGCAACUAUCCGACUUGAGCGUGGUGACCACUCGAAAGAGUUGGCCCAGAUCUGUGAGCACCUCACGAAGGCCAUCCGCUUCUCAGCCAAUGAGGAACAAGCCCGUUACCUCAUAGACUACAUUGAGAGCUUUAUCACAGGGAGCUUCAGGGCAUUCCGUCGGUGUCUGAAACGCUGGGUAAAGGACUAUUCUCCGAGAGUAGAGAGCAUCUUUGGCUUCAUCGAACCCUACAGAGAUCCAUCCGGAGUGAGAUGCGAGUGGAGAGGUGCUGUCAGUAUUGCUGAUCCACAGCAGACUGCUAAGUUGAUGGCUAUGGUGAAUAGCUCGACAAAAUUCAUUCGAACCCUUCCUUGGGCGGUGCCUGGUGUCAACAAUGGCAAGGGGCCAUUCGAGCAAUCCGAAUUUCUAGCACCCAACUUCUCUAUUGUGCACGUACUUGCCUUCGUCUGUAGUGACGCCUGGGAGACCUCCGAUAUACCUAACUAUCACUACAUCCGGAUGAACAGCGAGUUCAAGAACAUUGUGUAUGCCAACCGGAUAAUAACAGACACCCACCCAAAUCGUGCACUAUAUUGGAUCCAUCCAUCCGAGGUCCAGGAGUUCAAAAAGAUCAACCACAUUGUCCGCUUCAUGGUCACCUCAAUCCGUGAGCUUCUAGGCCACGGGUCAGGCAAGCUUCUAGAGGAGAGCUCGUCGGGUGUUUACAAUUUCAACCUGGCGCAUCCUCCCAUCAGCACGCUCACAGGCAAACCUGUCGAAUCGUGGUAUCAACUUGGGCAAACACCGAAGAAUGUAUUUGGGGACUUGGUAAUAACUAUCAAUGAGUGUAGAGCUAUGCUCAUUUCAUAUUAUCUUGGAGAAGACAGAGAUAUGCUUUCCUUGUUUGGUUACGACGAAGGCAGCGAUAUGGCAGAUGAAUUGAUCUACAACAUGUACCUUCACAUUGGAGUGGAGGGUAUUCGUGCCCUUCAGGCAUUCGACGUGGAAGAGCAGGCGUGGAAUAGCCCAUACUGCAACGCAAAAUACGCUAUCUUCAAGUACUUGCUGCUUGAAGCUGUUGGACUCUUUUCAGUGAGCUGCAAUCCAGCCACAGGAGAGCUCUAUAUUCGCGUUGACGGUUCCAAGAUCGCUUCUCAAGGGAAAACUUGCAUUGGCCACAUGCUUCAUCGCCUACAUGUCUGGUAUUGCACUGCGGAUGUGGAAUGUUCCAAGGCCUUUUAUGUGCCACUUAGUGUUGUCGAUGGUGACUACGAGGUUUGGAGACAAAUCGUAGCAUCAAAGCCUGAAGCGCCUUGGAAAUUUGUUCAGGCGAACACCAUCUUGAAGGAUGAUGAAAAGGUUGAGCUGAGGGUGUAUGAGGCGAGCAAUGAAGGGAUCAUUCAAUCGUUUGCUGAUAGGAACCUCUGA